UGAAAGUUUUCUGCUCUGCAGGUUUUGGAUGAGAAUUAAAAAAGGAGUUGAAUUGCCGAAAAGGUGGCCGUUUUCAGUACCCAGGACAAGUUGGUAUAUGGUGAAAGAAGUAACAACAAUUACCUUAAUUGGUGCUAUCAGUAAAUUUUGGCUCCGAGUGUUAAGUAAAACUCAAACCAAAAAUCUGCAAACGUUUUCGGACUUGGCUCUGAAAAAAGUGCACAAGAACCGACCUCUUUUAACCAUAUCAAAUCAUCAUUGCUGUGUGGACGAUCCCGUUUUGUUUGGUCUUCUGCCAUUCAGUUUAGUUUCGAAUCCUAAAAAUAUAAGAUGGACCCCUGGCGCUGAUGAAGUUAUGUUCUAUAAGGACAGCUUGUCUACGCUUUUUGGAUAUGGAAGAGUGGUUCCAACUAUUGUAUUGCUCACUUUUUCAUUUUCUGCUUUAGCUGGUUGGGUGCAUCUGUUUGCCGAGGGUAAGAUCAACCUGGACCAACGUCUUCUUAGACUCAAAUGGGGGGCUGCUAGACUCCUCCACGAAGCCAAAAUACCGCCAAUUGUUUUGCCCAUAUGGCACAUGGGCAUGGAUGAUUUGUUGCCCAAUAAGAGACCAUACAUUCCCCAAAUUGGACGGAAAAUCACGUUUGUGGUUGGAAAACCGAUUGAUUUUACAGAGCAGCUGGCUGCUUUGAGAGCCUUGAAUUACACUAGAACUGAAAUUAGAAAACGAUUGACGGACACCAUGGAAAAGGAGCUGAGAUUGUUGCAAAAACAGUGCGAAGAAAUGCACAAAAGUUUUAAAGCUUCCGCUGAUUUGAAAAGUUAAAACUUAUCUAUCGAAAAUUUCUGAUAGCAGGUGAAUUUUUGGCAGUACUUGCUGACAGAGGCUGUUCUCCUGCAACAGAUUCUUUCAGAAACUUUAUGGUUGAGUAUUGAAAAUUGAAAUGAUUAUCAGAUUUAGCAGAAAGUAAGAAUCAUACAAUGUAUGAAAAACUUUCCGAAAUAAAGAAAGAGUUUCUUUGUUGCGUUUGAGGUGAAACA